GAGCGAUUAGGUCUUCAGUUCAUGCUCCUUCCCCUAUAUAUAUUUCUACCGCUGCUGGUACGGAUGGCUUCGGGGAUUUCUGGGAUAUUUGUUGACUUUGGCCGCAGAGAGUGGGAGGUCGGCCUCGAAGGCCCUGGCCAAUAGCCCGAAACUGACCGCAAAAGUGGAAAUGAAGCAGACAGUUUCCACAUCCCUUGAGGCCUCGAGGGGCUUUCUCUGGUCUUCCAAUAUGGACCGAAUUUGGAAGCAAAAUAUUGCAAUCUGAAGCUCCAGCAGGCGCGCUACAUACCCCUCCCCGAGUGAUACCACGUGACCAUCCUACUGGCUCAACUCGACACACAAACCGUGGAGUUAUUUUUUUAUUUUUGAUUCUCGAUUUUUAACUAUCAUAUUUUCUUAAUGCUGAGCUCUAUCUCCUCUACAGAAAUCGCCAACACAUUUGGCCGACCUGCCUGUACAAGGGAGUUUCCUUCUAUCUUUCUCUACUUCCUUUUUGACAACUAUCUCCCUCCAGGGCCAUAUACACAAAGAAAAUCUCUACAUCGUGGAUAUUUUUUCUCUCCCAUCCUUAGAUCCUUUGUGAAUGCUAUGCGCCUAACAGGUCAGGCCCUCGAUCUAACUUCGGAGCGGUCAGCUCUAUAUUGGACAUCUAGAUGGAAUACACAGGGCCACCAAUUGAGGGGGAUACGCCCUGACAGUCAAACUGCAAUCGGCGGUGUGGUGGGCGCGGCGAGUGCUUCCGCCAAGCGCGUAAGCACUAAGAGCUCCACAUAUUUCUACCACUCGGGGAGGAUGGGCAUACAGAGUGGAUUAUAUCCUUGCCUCAGUCAACAAUCCACUCCCGCCACCGCAGCCGGGGAAAGUUGGGCAGGAGUUCAGCACUCGAGACCACCAUUCGGCUUCCGUAGGGGUAGUUGCUUCUCGAGGCUGACGAAGCCAUAUUGCUCUCCCGGUCUCUUUCUGCAAUUCUUGCCCCGAGGGCUAGAAAAUAUAAUUGUAAAUGAACGGCUAGUCCGGCUCAUUCCCCUCACGCCCAAAUGAUUGAAGCCUCGCAUUGUGCUAUUCAAUUUAUCUCGAAACAUGCCUAGAUUGACUUAACUAAUCCAUGUCACCAACUCGUUAAGUUUUCUGCCAUCUACCCCUCCCCUUUCCUCCUGCGGCAGCAAAGAGACAUUCCCAGCAAAACGGAAUAACAGAAAGAAAAUAAUUAAGGGAAAACGGGACCAACAAAUAACUCUAAAUCGUUUCCGCUUUCCUCGAGGUCUCAAGAGGGCUACUACACUACUACAUUAUACCCACCGCCCGACAGGAGAAAAGAGCGCGCUGUCAGGCUUACCUAAAAAGGGGUCCCCCUGCCAUGCGCGCACAAGUCACCGUUGCCCUCUCCCUCUAGUCCCCCGCCCGCCCGCCCGCCAA